ACUGCAUAUAUGACAAAGGCUCAGUGGCUGGUAAAACUUGCAGAGUCAAAGUGGAAGAAGGCAAUCCUCGCUGAAUUAGAGUAAUGGACCUCCUGCAUAAUGCAGGGGUCCAAGCCACCAGCUACCUUCAAGAUAAUUUCAUAGCCUUCCAGGACUGGUUUAUCUUUAUCUCCACAGUGGCUGACCUCCGAACAACGUUCUUUGUCUUCUUCCCCAUCUGGUUCCAUCUGAGGGAAGCUGUGGGAAUCCGUCUCAUCUGGGUCGCUGUGAUCGGGGACUGGCUCAACCUUGUUUUCAAAUGGAUCCUUUUCGGAGAGAGGCCCUACUGGUGGGUGUAUGAAACUGACUUCUAUGGCAUCACAACACCUCCUGUGAUCAAACAAUUUCCCAUCACCUGUGAGACUGGCCCAGGUAGCCCUUCUGGUCAUGCCAUGGGAUCUUCUGGCGUCUACUACGUCAUGGUGACAGCACUCAUAUCACAUCUGUUGCCAUUGAAGCAAAAAAAAUUGUCAGCAAGGUGCCUGCGUAUCUUCCUCUGGACAGGAUUCUGGGCAGUGCAGGUCUGCGUCUGUUUAUCCCGGGUCUUCUUGGCUGCACACUUUCCACACCAGGUAGUAUCUGGUGUGAUUUCAGGGAUGUUGGUGGCAGAGGUUUUUGAGCACGUCCGUUCCAUCUACAAUGCAAACCUGCGGCAAUACGUGAAUACAACCUUCUUCCUGUUUGGCUUUGCCCUGGGCUUUUACUUGCUGCUCAAGUUGCUGGGUGUGGACCUCCUGUGGACACUGGAAAAGGCCCACAAGUGGUGUGAACGGCCGGAGUGGGUCCAUAUUGACACAACGCCUUUUGCCAGCCUGCUUCGCAACCUGGGCAUCCUGUUUGGCCUGGGCUUAGGCCUCAACUCCCCCAUGUAUGCCGAGAGCUGCAGAGGGAAGCAAAGCCAACGGCUGACCUUCCGCCUCACCUGCAUCAUUUCCUCCCUGUUCAUCCUCCACCUGUUUGAUUCCUUUGAACUGCCCACCAACAGAGAGAUCCUCUUCUACAUCCUCUCCUUCUGCAAGAGUGCUUGUGCUCAUAUUUGUGCAGUGGCCCUGAUUCCCUACUGUGUCUCCCACCUGCUUCAGCUGACAAGGAAAAAGGACUUAUAGGGAAGAAAAGCCUUGGACCUGCUUCUCAACCAAGUGUAAUCCAUGCUUAUUAGAUGUUAACUUUUGUGGGAGACUGAACAGAACCUCCGACCAACCAACAUACUAAUGAGCACAAUUUCCUCCAAAUUUAGGUCAGAAGCAACCUGACUUUGGAGAAGGAAGGGCAAUGAGGAAAGUUAUGGCCAUAUUUAUCGUCUCAGGAGCAAACCAGUUGUAUUGCAUUUUUUAACAAACAAACAAACAAAACGCAAAGUUUGCGGGCUUGGUAGUUGAUUAAAUGUCCUUUGACCAGUAGCUGGCCACUUGGAGUGCCUCUAAUUUUGCUAUAAGAAGGUCCUCCAUUGUGCAUGUGACAGGGUUCAGGUUGCAAUGCAGCGGGUGGUCUGUAGUUUGCUCUUCUCCACACUCACAUGCCGUGGAUUCCACUUUGUAGUCCCCAUUUCUUAAGGUUGGCUCUGCAUCUCGUGGUGCCAGAGCGCAGUCUGUUCAGCGCCUUCCAAGUUGCCCAGUCUUCUGUGUGCCCAGGGGGGAGUCUCUCAUUUGGUAUCAGCCAUUGAUUGAGGUUCUGGGUUUUAGCCUGCCACUUUUGG